AUGUCAGAUCGAGGCGUCCCCCCUGUGGUGCCCGGUCUGCAGUUAAACGAAGACGAGAAAGGGAUACUUAAGCGCCAAAUACACACGCCAAAGUCGCAGAUGAGUCGCCUGUGGCUUUUGUAUACAUGUGCAACGACCUAUGAGCUAUUUAUCUUGGCUAUAAGCUCAAUUGCAGCGAUAGUUGGAGGGGCCCUUCAACCCGUAUCUUUUCUCUUUUUAGGUGGCUUGGCCCAGGCAUUUAAAGAAUUCUUCCUGGGAACAUCUUCGGGCUCUCAUCUUUCAUCCCUGGUCGCAAGAUUCGCUCUUUAUUAUGUAUACAUCGCUAUUGGACAGUUUGUUUCGGUUUACAUCUCUACGGCCGGAUUCAUGAUAGGAGGGGAAAACAUAACCCAACGACUCCGAGAGAAAUACCUCGCCGCUAUCCUCCGCCAAAAUAUAGCAUUCUUCGAUGUCCUAGGAGCUGGAGAAAUAACAACUAGAAUCACUGCUGAUAUGAAUCUGAUCCAAGAUUCCUUGACGGGCAAACUUUCUCUGACUCUAUACUCCUGUGCCAAUUUUGGGGCGGCUUUUAUCAUCAGCUUUGCGAAAAGCUGGCGCAUGGCUCUGAUUCUGAUAUCCGCAAUUGUGGCAGAAACUGGAUCUAUGAGUAUAUGCUCUUCUUUUAUGGUGAAGUAUACCAACAUGUCUUUAUUAGCAUAUGCAGACGGAUCGACAGCCGCUGAGGAGGCCAUCAGUUCAAUCAGACAUGUUACUGCAUUUGGGAUCCAAGACAAGCUGGCCGAUCGGUAUCAGAAGUUCCUCACCAAGGCAGAGAGGUAUGGUCUUCAAAGUCGCAUUGCUCUUGCAACUAUGAUGGCUAUCAUGAACGGUGUCAUAUUCUGGACUUACGGGUUGACGUUUUGGCAAGGGUCUCGUUAUCUUGUUGUUGACGAGAUUGAAUUGGGUGCUCUUGUCACCAUUCUCCUUGCUACGCUGACCGGAGCGUUCACGUUUGGUAACAUAGCACCCAAUUUCCAAGCAUUUGCAACGGGUAUUGCAGCUACGGGAAAGAUUCUUGCAACUGUGUCGAGGAAGUCGCCGCUAGAUCCAUCAUCAUCCAGAGGAAACAAGCUACAACCUGUGUCUGGGACAAUAGAGCUGAAGAACAUUUGCUUUGUUUACCCUUCUAGGCCUGAUGUACUGACUUUGGAUGGGAUAAAUCUUUUAUUUACAGCUGGAAAGACGACCGCUAUAGUUGGUGCUUCUGGCUGUGGAAAAAAAAAUAUUGUUGUCAUGUCUCACGGGCGUGUUGUUGAGCAAGGCACCCACAACGACCUACUUGAGAAACGAUCAGUGUAUUACGAGUUAGUAGAGAAGCAGCGCAUGUCAACCGAAAGGAGUAUUGUCAUCAGUGAAGCAAAGUCUGCUCUCGACAGUCCUGAGCUUACCGACUUGAAAGAUGAGGACAUGGAUUCCAAGAAGUACACAUACGAGAUGGGACAGCACCGGGGAGCCCCAGACUGCGAAAAAGAUUUCGAACGGGAGCCUGACCGUGAAUACUCCGAAUACUCCUUAUGGGCGUUAAUCAAGUUCAUCGCCAGCUUCAACAAGGAGGAAACCCUCACCAUGAUUUGGGGCCUGUUUUUUUCAAUCGUCACAGGCGCUGGAAAUCCCACACAAGCCGGAACGCACCGAGAGUUGAUGGACCUUGAGGGCAGGUACUUUGAGCUGGUGAAAUUGCAAAGCUUGGAGCGAUCGGACUAG